UAAUUUGUAAGAGUAUUUUAUCUGUGGUGUUUAUAAUCACAGUGCACAUUGAUUAUAAUAAGUUUUAAUGAAGUAGUAUUUAAUUAUCUUGUUUAGUUAGUUAAUUUAUAUUAAUCCUAUUUUACAUACUAUAUAAACAAUAUAGUUUAGGUAUAUCGAUGGCUAAGGAAAAAUGUCGUAUAUGCUUACAUGAAGGUGAACUGCUAAAUAAUAUUUUUCUGUUACAUGGUACUUCUACAAUUGCCAUGAAAAUAAUGUCUUUGGCUAAUAUUCAAAUAUAUCCUAGAGAUGGCUUGCCUGAGACUAUUUGUUCAAAAUGUGUAAAAAUUUUGGAUAAAUGUAUCCAGUUUGUUACGCUCUGUGAAAAUUCAGAUUUGAAACUUAGGUCUUUAACAAAUAUUCAAAACAGUGAUCAAGUGCAAUGUGAUAAUAGUGUAGAAGUGUUAAAUUAUGACAAGACUAGUAUGAGGAGUGACAUCAAUUAUGCAAAAAAAUCUGAUGAGCUUGAUGAUAUAUCAUUAAAUGGAAAUAAUAUAAUUGAUGGAAGGGAUGUUAGUAGAAAAAUAAAACACAACCAAUUAUUGGGUCUUAAUACUAAUAAUGAAGACUUGAAUGUUGUUGAUGGAAGAAAAACUCAAAAGCAGCAAUGUUUUACUUGUGGUAAAGUGAUGUCGUCUAGAUUUCGUCUGAAAACACAUCUAAGGACACAUACAGGAGAACGCCCAUUUUCAUGUUUACACUGUGGCAAAAACUUUUCUUUGGCUCAGAACCUUAAAGUUCAUAUGCGAAUACAUACAGGUGAAAAACCAUUAAAAUGCCCUGUUUGUGGUGAAUGUUUUGCCCAAUCAGCGGGCUUGGCUGCACACAAACGAAAACACACAGGCCAAUUGCCAUACAGGUGUUUGCUGUGUCCUCGAAUGUUCCGGACUGUUGGUCAUUUACAGUAUCAUGUAAGACGUCAUACUGGUGAGAAAAAUUUUGAAUGUGACUCAUGUGGUCGAGCAUUUAUUACUCGGAGUGAUUUGAAGCAACAUUUGCUUAUUCAUUCGGGCGAUAGGCCUCAUGUUUGUUGCAUCUGCGGAUUGCGGCUAACGCGCGCUUCUCAUCUAAAACGACAUAUACAACGUACACAUAGUAACACGAAAAUGAUGGUAUGUGGCUAUUGUUCACAGAAAUUUACCCAAAAGACAGAGUUUGAAAACCAUAAAAAGAAACAUAUUGAUACAGAAGAUAAGUUAUGAUAGUUCCGAAUAUAACAGUUGAAAUUAAACAAAGAUUUUAUAAUAUAUAUUAGUAUUAAAUACUUUUGUUAUUUUAAUAAAUUAUUUCAAAACAACU